AGGGUUUUUGGUUCUCGUCUCGGCGAUGGCCGCCGUCUCCUCCCAGGCGCUACACAAUGCCAGGCUUCUAUCAUGUCCGCAAGCGUCGCCGUUGCUGUCGCGGCCAAGAUCGGUUGAGGCGCAGCAGCAGCACAGUAGGAAACUCUCGCGCGUUUGUGUCCGUGCGACCAAGGCUGUCGUCUCAGCUCCGGCUCAGGAGCCAGCUCCUCUCGAAUCGAAGAAAACAUACUUGAGAUUGGUACAACUAACCGACGACACGUUCAGCUUGAGAGAUCAAAGCCUAGAGCGGCUCAAGUUUGAGGUGGAGUAUGGUUUGAAGGCUGGCACCACCGACAACUCGUAUAUUAUCAAAGGCCAAAGUUGCACAGCACUGAUUGAUGUACCUGACCAAACAUUCACGAAAGGUCACGUUGAUGCUCUGGCUCAAGCCAUCAGCAUGGAGAGCUUAAAGUACCUUGUGCUUGGUCACAUAAGUCCCAAACGACUGCAGACGCUGAUCGCAAUAGGCGACGCUAUUCCUGAAAAUGCUCUUCCCUUGCAGGUGUAUUGCUCCAAUCCAGCUGCAGUCCAGCUUACGUCGUCUCUGCCAGAAGAAUACAAGGCUAAAGUGCUGUCCAUCAAUGUUGUAAAGUCCGGCGAGACUUUAGACCUUGGAAAUGGCCACGAGUUGCAGUUUAUUCUCACGCCAACGCCAAGGUGGCCCGAUGGGAUGUGCACAUACGACCCUUCUAGUCAGCUUUUGUUCACCCAGAAGCUUUUCAGUGCACACAUUUGCACAGAUACCGAUUUUGAUGUUGGAGGAUGGGAAGUUUUUGGAGAGCACUGGAGAUUUUUUUAUGAGUGCAUGCUCGGACCAGUUUCAAAACAGGCUGAUGCUGCUCUUCGAAAACUUCCGAUUGUGGCACAGUUUUCACCACCAAGCUAUGCUGGUAAAGCAGGUGUUGACGUUAUAAAGGCAGACAUACAAUAUGUCCUGUCUGGUUUAUUGAGUCCUCUGAAUCUUUCAAUCGGCGCCUCUGCUGUAUUGGCCAAGACCACAACUGAUUCAAAUAAAGAGCUAGUUGUGUCUGCAAUCUGCCCACUUCAUGGGCCUAUCGUUCGCUCAUCAGUCACGGAACUUGUUAGGGAAUACCGGGCGUGGACACAAGAAAAAAUUAAACAGAUUGACGAUGGCCUAAUAGCUGUCAUAUAUGCUUCUGCUUAUGGAAAUACGGCUGCUCUUGCUCAGGCCAUCAGCCGUGGAAUCUCUAAGGCUGGCCUUGGAGUCGAAAGUUUGAAUACGGAAGAUUGUGGAAUAGAAGAAGUUAGUGCUUUGGUUCGACGUUCUAAUGCUUUUGUUAUCGGGAGUCCCACCCUUGCUGGUCACAUGCCUACUCCAAUUCAGAAUGCUCUGGGAGCAAUUCUAAGCGAUACCACUGCAAGAACAAAACCAUGUGGUGUUUUCGGAUCAUUUGGAUGGAGUGGAGAAGCAGUUGACGAAAUGGAGCAGAAACUAAAGGAUGCUGGAUUCUCAUUUGCUUUCCCGGCUAUCCGAUGCAAAUUCAAGCCCACGGAGGCAACUCUUCAGACAUGCGAAGAAAGCGGCACAGACAUUGCGCAGACCGUGAAACGGGCAAAGCUCAAAACCAAAGAGUCUGUUGCACAACAAUAUGUAUUGGCAUCUUCUGUGGAGCAGGCCGCUGGAAGAGUUGUUGGUGCAUUAUGUGUUUUGUCUGCAAGAAAUGGUGAUGCCGAAAGCGCUAUGCUUGCGUCAUGGGUCAGCCAAGCAAGCUUUCUGCCCCCGGGUCUCACUGUAGCGGUUGCAAAAGAAAGAGCGGUGGAAAGCUUGGUACUCCCAGGAGCCAGCUUUGUACUAAAUGUACUCGGGCAAGGGAAAUCCAGCGCUAUCAGCCGGCAGCUUUUGAAGCCAUUCAAGCCCGGUGAGCCUCGGUUUGGUGCACUCGAAACAAAGGAGGCCAGCAAUGGUGGUAAAAUUUUGACGGAUGCGAUCGCAUGGCUAGAAUGCACGGUGCAAAGUCGAAUGGAAGCUGGAGACCAUUGGUUGCUCUACGCAGUUGUGGAGAAUGGCGAGUUACAGGAUGCUAAGAGUCUGACUGCUGUUCACCAUCGUAAGACGGGUUCGCGCUACUAACCCCGUAGUUUGUUUUACAGGCCGUUUUUAAUAUUAAAUAUGGUUCCCGCGAU